CCCGCUCAGCCCCGCCUUGAGCCGAGGUCCCUGGCCUGGCUCCACCUUAUCGGGGCCUGGAAGCUGCUUUUAGGCUCCCACCCUAAAUCUGUGCCGGCACCGGUCAGUGACCAGACGGGUUUCGGGCUCUGAAUUCUCCUGGAGACGUACCGAGUUUCUCUUUCUAGACAGAAACGCCCACGGAGCAGACUGGAGUGACUCUAACUCCUGCUAAACCUGUCCUAGGAUCUAGGAAGUGCUUCCGAGUAGUCUUGCUGCAACUCGGGAGCUAUUUGCUGAGAUGGGCCUUUACACAUGUGGCGUGCGUUUUCCUUCGGCUUUGGAUGUACUUCCAAGAGUGACUUGCCCAAAUCAUCCAGAUUCCAUUUUAGUGGAGGAUUACAGAGCUGGUGAUAUGAUUUGUUCUGAGUGUGGGCUAGUAGUAGGUGACCGGGUCAUAGACGUGGGGUCGGAGUGGAGAACGUUCAGCAAUGACAAAGCAACCAAAGACCCAUCUCGAGUUGGGGAUACCCAGAAUCCUUUGCUGAGUGAUGGUGACUUGAGUACAAUGAUUGGCAAGGGCACAGGUGCAGCAAGUUUUGAUGAAUUUGGGAAUUCAAAGUACCAAAAUCGCAGAACUAUGAGCAGCUCUGAUCGUGCGAUGAUGAAUGCUUUUAAAGAAAUUACGAACAUGGCAGACAGAAUCAACCUCCCUAGAAAUAUAGUUGAUCGAACAAAUAAUUUAUUCAAGCAAGUGUAUGAGCAAAAGAGCCUGAAGGGGAGAAGUAAUGAUGCUAUUGCUUCUGCUUGUCUCUACAUAGCCUGUAGGCAAGAGGGUGUUCCAAGAACAUUUAAAGAAAUAUGUGCAGUGUCCAGGAUUUCAAAGAAAGAAAUAGGCCGGUGUUUUAAACUGAUUUUGAAAGCUCUGGAAACCAGUGUUGAUUUGAUUACAACUGGAGACUUCAUGUCACGAUUCUGUUCUAAUUUGGGUCUUCCCAAACAAGUACAAAUGGCAGCAACACAUAUUGCUCGUAAGGCUGUGGAAUUAGAUUUGGUUCCUGGGAGAAGCCCUAUCUCUGUAGCAGCUGCAGCUAUUUAUAUGGCAUCACAGGCUUCUUCAGAGAAAAGGACACAAAAAGAAAUUGGUGAUAUUGCUGGUGUGGCUGAUGUUACGAUUAGACAGUCAUACAGGCUGAUCUAUCCUCGAGCUCCAGAUCUUUUCCCAGCAGACUUCAAGUUUGAUACCCCAGUAGACAAACUACCACAGCUGUGAGAUUGCAGAGGGUUAAUUUCUGUUAACCGCCUCCCCCCUGAAAAAAAACAACAAAAACAAACUCUUUAUUUUUGCCUAUAAUAAAGGAUGUACAAAGUGUUAAUAUUGGGUCUUCGUGUUGUGGAACUGGAGGAGAUGGAGAUGGAGCAUAACUGCUGGAAAGCAGCACACAUUCCAAGGGUAAACAAGCUCAUUGUGUGGCAUUUUGUAUGUAUAUAUUAGUGGAAGUAUUUAAUAACUGUUGCAACAAAUUUAAUUUGAUAUUGUUGUACUUACUUAGAUUUCUUUUGUAGGGAUCUAGUAAGAUGUAUUUUGGAGAAUUUAAAAUAUUGUGUAAUUCCCAAAUAAACUGUUUUCCAAAAACA